CUAGUCAUUAUUGUGGAAAUGCAGUUCCGGUCCAACUGAUUCGCUCUUCUUCUCCUUUCAAAUUCUACGUUUUAUCAAAAUGGACAAGGAUGAUCGUCUAUCAUCACUGACAGCUGCAUUAAAACAGCAUGCCGGCAACUCUAUCCAAUCGAUUCGCGCUUACGCCUGUAUUCUACGUCAAUCCUUCGACGAAUUCUGGCAAUAGUUACGAUCCUAAAACACAUGGUUGCUGAGAAAACAUAUAACCGCUAACAAUGGAUAUAUAUAGUCCCUUAUUUAGACUGCUCGUCUAUAUCGUUGCAGUACUAUCCUUUGCUCCAACUACGAUAUUCCUAUCAUACGCACUGUUCGUACUUUUUAUAGCGACCUGCACAUUUACCACGAUGUGGAUAUUGACAGUAUCCGCUUUUAUUACCAUUGGAUGCGUUGUCCUGAUACCUAUAUUAAUGGCUGCCACAUUUACGGCUGUAGGAGUGGUCGCUUGCUGUGGUGUUUGGGUUCGGCUAAGAAACUUUUAUAAAGCCAUGAAAGCGCCAUCGGCUGACAAUAAAGCAUUGUAAACUUAUUGGGACCAAAAAAAGUAAAGGAAAAUUCCCAAAACAGCUUUCCUAAAGCGAGCCAAUGACAAUGCCAGCAUACAAUAUUACGUGACUUGCUCAAAUCAGAAAAAAAAAAAAAAAAAACUUCUCAUUCUCCGGACCAAGCAGUGUGCCGGUCUGUAUGCAAUGCCAGCAUUUGAU